AUGCAGUUAAGGGUCUCCAUUGUCGGCGCCGGCCCCGCUGGAUUCGCACUCGCCGCCGACCUCGACUCUCGCGGGACAAACGUAUUGGUAUAUUCACAUCCCACACAUGUACGACACGCCAAUUAUGUCGUCGAAAACGGAUGUCUUCGAGCUACUGGAAAAAUCGAAGGUUCUACUACUCUUCGCGUCACAUUCGACAUGGCCGAGGUCAUUGAGUUCUCAAAAAUCAUCAUCCUCACUGUGCCGUCUACAGGACAGGAGACUGUAUUGCGGGAGUUUAAGCAGUUUGAUCUCCGACAGCACACUGUUAUUGCAGUUCCAGGCAAUUUAUUCUCUCUCGUCGCCGAUGCCGAGAUGAAGAUUGGAUCAAUCCUCGAAACAAACCUAUCACCAUACUCAUGCCGGAUGAAGGAAGGGGAGCUAGCCGUCAUGGGAAAGAAGAAUCUCUUCCUCAUCGCCGCCUUACAAACCUCUUCCAACCCCUCAUUUACCGCCGAGAUCCAACGGAUAUUUCCUAUGGAACUAAAAUGGUGUCACAACGUCAUUGAAGUCUGCCUGUCGAAUAUAAACGGGGUGUUCCACCCUCUGAUGAUGUUGAUGAACGCUGGCCGGAUCGAAAGCACAUCUGGGGAAUUCUUAUUAUACCACGAUGGGCUGACACGUUCGGUGGCCAACGCAAUGCUCGCUGUUGACAGGGUGCGGCUCGAGAUCGGGGAAGCUUUUGGGUUCAAGCUCGACGGUGUGACACAGACGUCGAAUAAGUGCUACAAUCAGACUUUCACCGACCUAGUGGACCUGGCGCAGAAUUCGCCACCGCAUAAUAAGUUGAAAGCUCCACCAACUAUGGACAAUAGGAAUAUCUCAGAGGAUGUGCCAGAUUUGUUGGUGUUCUGGUGUGGUCUGGCGGAGAAGCUGGGGAUAGAUGCCUCGCCUAUUAAGGCUGUUAUCACACUUGCGGAAAUGGCAUCGGGGGCUGAUUACAUGAAGACGGGAAGGAAUUUGCAGAAGUUGAAUUUGGAACAUCUUUCGCGGAGCGAGCUUAUUGAGAGAUUUGGCGUUCCUCAAACACAAUAAAAAAAAUAACAACAAAAAUAUUUAAAAACUUCAUUUUAUUAUUUGUCAAACAUAAAUCUAAUAUCAUAAUUUGACCUUGCUCCCUUUCCAACCCCUUAUCCUUGCUCCAUACACCCCAAAUACCCACGGCAUCGGAGCAAAUGCCAGAGCCACGAAUGCUAGCAAACUAUUCCCCCACCCCCAUCCGAGG